UUGACCCUGCCUGCGGAAGCGAAAGGCCUGGUUGCCACCAAGGCGGCCCACAAGAGCGCGCCGGCCACAGGCGGCGACCAGCCCGGCACGGUGGUGCUGCACAAGAUCCGCCGCUACCGGAAGUCCACGGAGCUGCUGAUCUGCAAGCUGCCCUUCCAGCGCCUGGUGUGCGAGAUCACGCAGGACUUCAAGACCGACCUGCGCUUCCAGAGCCCAGCUGUAGGCGAGCGAGGCCUACCUGGUGAGGCUCUUCGAGGCACCAUCAUGCAUGAGGACAUCCAGCUCACCUGGCGCAUCCAUGGGGAGUGCACCUGA